AUUAUUACUAAUGGCAAUCAAAAUUCAAACAGAAACAGUUAAAGCGCUAAAGACUAAUGAGAAUUCUAGAACAGUGAUUCAAAAAAAAAAAGGCCGUUAAUAUAGGAAGUAACGCCGUUUAAAUUAAAAAAACUUCGUGAAAAAUUCCGUCAAAAGCUGAGUGGGUCCAACCCUAUAAAUACCCCCCACAUCAUCAUCACCAUUUCCUCUCUUUCUUCAGAGCUUUCAUUAAAAUCAUAAAUUCUUCGCUCUCAAUUUAUUUUCUCUCUCCAUUUUUUUCUCUCUCUAUAAUUUUCUUGCAAAAAAAAAUCAAUUAGGUUUUCAAAGAGAGAAAAAUAGUCUCAAUUGAAAGGAAAAUGAUGAAGAGGAAAUGCUGAGAAUUGAUUUUCUGGAAUUGAUGAUCGAGUUUUUGAGUUAGUUUCAUCUGGAUUCUCGAAGUUUCGGCUUUGAGCUUCAUCUUGCUGUCUUUUUCUUUUUGGUCGAAGGCUUUUGAAUCUUUGAUCGGCUAACUUUAGAGAUGUCAAUGGCAAGCGUUGCUCUUAGUCCAGUUCAAAAGGAUUCGUUGACCAUCCCGAGCUUUCUGUCGGGCCAGCAUGGCUAUUUGACUGAUGAAUCAAUCUUGAUAUACUUGACUGUGGGUGGAUCAGUGGUUCCAAUCCGUGUGUUGGAGUCGGAUUCAGUUGCUUCUGUUAAGCUUAGAAUUCAAAAUCACAAAGGCUUCUUUGUGAAGAAUCAGAAGCUGGUUUUUGAUGGAAGAGAGCUGGCCCGAAAUGAUUCCAGUGUUAAGGACUAUGGGGUGGCUAAUGAGACUGUCCUGCACUUGGUCCUCCGUCUUUCAAAUAUUCAAGCCAUUACUGUUAUGACAGUGUGUGGGAAGGAGUUUGAGUUCCAUGUUGAGAGGAGUAGAAAUGUGGGAUACUUGAAGCAGCAGAUUGCUAAGAAGGGAGAUGGACUUUUUGAUCUGAAAGAUCAAGAAUUGAUUUUUGAUGGCAAGGAGCUUGAGGACCAGUGUCAAAUUCAGGAGUGUUGUAAGAACAAUGAUGCUGUUAUUCACUUGCAUGUUCAAAAAUCUGCCAAAGUGAGAGCUAAACCAGUUGAGAAAGACUUUGAAGUUUUGAUUGUGGCUUCUGAUUUAAAUGAGAAAGGAGCUGAUGAAAUAGUCACUGAUGAGUGCAAACGGGGAACUCAACCUGUUCAUCCUCUGGUUGCACUCAAAAAACAGUUUUGUAGAGAUAUAAUUUUGGAGCAUCUGAUCGUGAAUCCUAAGAUUGAGCUUCCUUUAGUGAUUAGGAAACUGAUUAAUUCUACAUUUAGUGGGUUAGAUAAAGGAAAACUACCAGUUAGGUCUUCUGAGGGCUGUGGAGGAGCAUAUUUCAUGCUUGAUCCCGCUGGUCAGGAAUAUAUCUCCGUUUUUAAACCUAUUGAUGAGGAGCCCAUGGCUGUUAACAACCCUAAUGGAUUACCUGAGUCUAAGGACGGUGAAGGACUGAAAAAGGGUACUCAAGUUGGUGCAGGGGCUGUUCGUGAAGUGGCAGCAUAUAUUUUGGAUCAUCCUAGGACUGGUCCUCGUUCUCAUUACCAUGCAGAGGUUGGAUUUGCUGGUGUUCCACCUACUGCUUUGGUGAAGUGUUUGCAUAAGGGGUUUCAUCAUCCUAAUGGAUAUGAGGGCUCUUCUAAAAACUUGAAGAUUGGUUCUCUGCAGAUGUAUAUGAAAAAUUCCGGGAGUUGUGAGGACAUGGGUCCCAGUGCCUUUCCUGUUGAAGAGGUUCACAAGAUCUCAGUUCUGGAUAUUAGGUUGGCCAAUGCAGACAGGCAUGCUGGAAACAUUCUGGUCUCCCGAGAUCAUGAAGGUCAAAAUGUCCUCAUUCCGAUUGAUCAUGGGUACUGUUUGCCAAGCAAGUUUGAGGACUGUACUUUCGACUGGCUUUAUUGGCCUCAAGCACGUCAGCCAUACUCUCCUAAUACCAUUAAGUACAUAAAAUCCCUUGAUGCUGAAGAAGAUAUUAGACUGCUGAAACUUCAUGGAUGGAACAUGCCACCUGAGUGUGCUCGUAUAUUACGAGUCUCCACCAUGCUUUUAAAGAAAGGUGUUGCUAGAGGGCUGACUCCCUUUGUCAUUGGGAGCAUCAUGUGCCGCGAAACCUUGAAGAAGGAAUCCGUGAUUGAGCUGAUCCUCAAAGAAGCAGAGGAAGCGUUGCUACCAGAAUCAAGUGAAAUUGCAUUUCUCGAGACAAUCUCCUCAAUCAUGGAUCGCUGGCUUGAUGAGCUCUCUUCAUGAAUCCCGUGACAGUAGAUAUGUGAGUACGUGACUGUAGUUUUUAGAUAACCUUGGAUGUGUAAUAGUGUGACAGUUGAAAAUACCACUUGGCUCUCUAUCCUGUAUUUUGAUGGCUGCAGAGUUAUGUAACUGUUUGUGUAGGAUUGCUGGAACUUGCAAAUCUAUUGUCUGGUUGUUCCGCUUGUUUGUACUGUUAUGAUCUCAAUUUCUUGAAGAAUUCCGUCCUAUUUAUGGAUUGAUAUUCUUCAAGUUUGAGGACGGUGUGAAAUGUUGUGAAACGCAAAUAUCAGUAAAAUCAAUAAGAUUGUGGAGACUGUAAUCCCCUCUGUUAUUUC